GAAGAUCUCAUUCCUUCCGAGAUCAGCAGAGCAUCAUAAACCCAAAACCCACUAUGCUAUUGGUUAAUGGGGGGAGUCCGGUAAUUUGGAGCCCUUCGCGUCGGCAACACAUCAGCAGACUCCAUCAACCCCAUUCAUUCUACCACUUUCCCCUUCGAUCCCAAACCCUAACCCUAGCCGUCGCCAAGAUCGCCAUGUCCUCCCCCCCAAUCGACGACGCCGCCGCCGGAACCACGAUCCCGCCGGGAUUCGCAGAGAUCGUGGUGGUUCGCCAUGGGGAGACCUCUUGGAACGCAUCCAAAAUCAUCCAGGGUCACAUGGAUUCAGAAUUAAAUGAGAACGGGAGGAAACAAGCAUCUGCGGUGGCUGUUCGACUGUCCAAUGAACCUACGUUUGCUGCUAUAUAUUCAUCUGACUUGAAACGAGCUUCUGAGACUGCACAGAUUAUAGCAACCACUUGUAACCUAUCUGAGGUAAUAACAGAUACUGCAUUGAGGGAAAGAAAUAUUGGAGAUAUUCAGGGUCUGACAUUACGUGAUGCAGCAAAGCUGAAGCCUGUGGCUUACAAGAUCUUUAUGUCUCACGACAGAGAUAAAGAAAUCCCUGGUGGUGGGGAAAGUCACAAUCAACUCUAUGAGAGAUGCACAUCUGCUUUGGAGAGAAUAGCUAGGAAGCACAUAGGGGAGCGAGUUAUUGUAGUCACUCAUGGAGGAGUCACAAGAGAAUUAUAUCGUAGGGCUCGGCCCAAUUGCUCGCCCCAUGGAAGGAUACAAAAUACGGCAAUGAGUAUAUUCCUUGUUUCUGAGAAUGGUGAAAAUUGGAUGCUCAAAGUAUGGGGAGACGUAAGUCAUCUUGAAGAAAUUGGAGUCCUUGAGGACAGUUUUGGCGGCGACAGAAACUCUGCAUAGUCUAUUUCCAUAUGCAGAGCAAUUGCUUGGAGGAAGAAACCUUUUGAGAAGAAAUAGAUUAAAGGAGAAUUAUAUGCCAUUGAUAUAUAAAGAUAUAACACUUGAACCUACUUUCAAAAAUUUCGUUUGGCUAACUCUUUAUAGAAGUGAAUGAUUUUUAUAUUGAAGAAAUUGCUAUUUUUUAUGUUCGUUCGA